CACUAGCGGUCUCUGGUAUAUAUCCUUGAUUGCCUACACGUACGACACGUAGAAGCUAGUAAGCUAAGAGUACUGCCGUCGGAGACGACGACGACGAUGGCAACAAGCACCACGGUGGCCGCCGUCCGUGAGAUCCGGCGUGCGCAGCGUGCCGACGGCCCCGCCGCCGUGCUCGGCAUCGGCACUGCGACGCCGCCAUUCUGCGUGCUUCAGGACGACUUCCCGGACUACUAUUUCCGCGUCACAAACAAGGAGCACCUCACCCACCUCAAAGACACGUUCAGGCGACUAUGUCGGAUAACCGGGCUGGAGAGACGUUUCUUUCACCACACUGAGCAAAUGCUCAACGCCCACCCGAGCUUCCUCCACGGCAACGGGGACCUCGACGCACGGCUGGACAUGGUCGCCAAGGCCGCUCCGGAGCUGGCCGCGUCGGCCGCCGCGACGGCCAUCGCGAGGUGGGGCCGACCAGCCACCGACAUCACCCACCUGGUGGUGAGCACCAGCUCGGAGGCCCGCGCCCCGGGCACGGACCUCGGGCUGGCCUCGCGCCUGGGCCUCCGCGCCGGCGUCCACCGCACCGUGCUCCAGCUCGGCGGCUGCUCGGCCGGGUGCGCCGCGCUGCGCCUGGCCAAGGACCUCGCCGAGAACAACCGCGGCGCGCGCGUCCUCGUGGCCUGCGUCGAGCUCACCCUCACCGGCUUCCGUGGGCCCCGGCAGGGGGACACCUUCGACACCCUCGUCCCACAGGCGGUGUUCAGCGACGGCGCGGGCGCGGUCGUCGUCGGCGCCGACGCCGACGCCGAAGGAGACGGCGGCGAGCGUCCGCUCUUCGAGAUGAUGGCCGCCUCGCAGACCCUGGUGCCCGGGUCGACGCACCUUCUCAACGUGCGGCUCGGAGCGAGCGGGGUCGCCGGGGACGUCUCCGCCAGGCUGCAGUCCUUCGCGGCGCAGGACCUGGAACGGUGUCUGCUCGACGCUCUCGCGCCGCUCGGGCUCGGCAUCGGCGUCGGCGGCGACGGCGAGGUGAGGUGGAACGACCUCUUUUGGGCGGUGCACCCGGGCAGCCGUGGGAUCUUGGACCACAUCGACGCGGCUCUCCGGCUGGAGCCCGGCAAGCUGGCGGCGAGCCGGACGGUUCUGAGGGAGUACGGGAACAUGAUGUCGGCGACGGUGAUAUUUGUGCUGGACGAGCUGCGCCGGCGAAUCGACGAGGAAGGAGAAGAGGCCGCGACUGAGUGGGGGGUCAUGGUCGGCUUUGGACCGGGAUUCACUGUCGAGACUAUGGUUCUCCAUGCUACUAGCACUCCCACACGUUCGGACAUUAGCACCGAUCGGGAAGGGACUGUUGCCCCGGUUUCCGAGCCGGUGCUGCCCUUCCAGGACUAAAGGCCCACCCUUUAGUCCCGGUUCGGGCAACGUUACCAACCGGUGUUAAAGGGUCUUGCCAGGGUUGCCACGUUGCAGGACUCUUUACCAACCGGU